AUGGCCAAGGGGACGAGCGCCAUCGACCCCAGCAACUAUGCCUCGCUUGGUCUCACUCACGUGCAGUACGACCCCUCGGAUACAUUCGCAAAGCUCUUUGCUCUGGUGACGCUCUCGCCCAUCUUCCUGCUUUGCUCCUAUGUCACCAUCAUACUGCUUCGUCGUGAGCUGACGUUCAUCAACGCGCUCAUCGGCCAGCUGGCCUGCGAGGGUCUCAAUUGGGCGCUCAAACGUCUCAUCAAACAGCCUCGACCAACGGAUCGUCUUGGCGCAGGAUACGGAAUGCCUUCUUCCCACUCCCAAUUCCUCGGCUUCUUUGCUGCCUUCUUCCUAGCACAUUUCUACCUCAAUCGGCCCCCGCUCGUCAAGCCUCGCUCACUGAUCAACUCGAUGAGGCGUUUCGAACAUGCGCUAGCCAUGGUACUGAUCGCGUCCAUCUCCCUCCUCACUUGCUACUCGAGGCAUCAUUUGCACUACCAUUCGCCACCCCAGAUCAUUGUGGGUUUUUCCAUCGGUCUCGCCUUUGGAGGCUUCUACUACUAUUUCACCGAGUACCUCUCCAAGAAGCCUUUGCGACUACCUGCACCUUUAGCUGUUUCGGAGUCGUCCUCACCCUUGGCUAUCCGUGCCAAUCGACUGCUUCAGCCCAUCAAUACCUCGGUCGGCUCGAACAAGUCCGGUUUGCGGCAGCGCAGCACAAACAAACCCCGCAGGCGCUCUUCUACGCUCAGCGAUAUGAUCUUGCCCGAACUCCAUCCUUCCCCGCCACUUAGACAGAUCUUGCUCGACCAUCCGAUUGCUAUUGCCUUCCGCAUUAGGGACAGCUGGGCCGUGUGGAGGGAUGGAGGUAUCGAAGGCGAGUACGGGACGUGGAGGCGCGAGUGGGAAGCUCGCAGAGCUGCCUCGACGCCGCUCAACAGCUCUUCAGCAGCAGCAUUGCCGAACAGCAGCGACGUCGGCCGCUUGCCGCGUCACUACUCGAUGAUGCUGACAGCCCUGAGAGAGGCAGACAAAUCUCCACCCACCGAUGCUGCCUUUUGCGUCGGCUGCGUCAUCUGCACCACCAGCGACGAAACCACUCGAUCGCCGUCGUCGCAAAUCCUUGCUACGGGCUUUUCGAGAGAGCUGCCCGGAAACACACACGCCGAGCAGUGCGCCCUCGACAAGCUCUCUUCCGACUACAAAUCAACCCAAGGCAGAGCCCGAAUAGCGCCAACGCUCAAUCUAGACCUCUACACCACCAUGGAACCGUGCUCCGAGCGUCUGUCAGGCAACUUGCCGUGCGUACAGCGUAUCCUGCAGUUCAACGAGCAAAACGACGUCUACGUUUUGCCGCCCAGCUUUUUACCGUCGUCGCUGUCGAACGAGCGCCAGAGCAGCUCGAUCGGCUUCAGAUUGCGCAUCCGACGCGUGUUCCAGGGAGUAACCGAGCCAGACGACUUUGUCAACUGUCAGAGUCAGAACAUCUUGCGAGACAGCCACAUCGAGGUGUACACGGUUCGAAGCAGUAACCCUGACGACGACGAUGGACAACUCGAACAGGACUGUUUGCGCAUUGCUAGAAAGGGACACCCAGCCAAGACGAGCUCAGCGUGA